ACACUCACACACUCACAGAAUCAGAUUGUUGAGUACAGGAAACCACUUCCUGCUCAAGUUGAUGUACAGGGACUUGUCGACCCUCCAUUGGUCGAUGCUCGUGUGGGCGAUCAUGGCAUCUGACGUGACAGCCGACUAGGGUCCUAUCGGCCAUGAUCUCUGGGUGAUCAUUUGUCUAUUAGUCCAAUUUGGAAUAAAUAUUUUGAAUUGUGUGUGUGAUUAUCAUGAGACCCCACAGGCUAUAACAGGAAAACACACAGUGAAAGUUGCAGCAUUAUGUGUUUGUAACAGAAAACCCACCAUCAUAAUAUCACCAUUCAAUACAGACAAAAAACCCUAUACCAUCCCAUAGAACCCUUUUUUUAUUCUAUAAAUUAGUGCAAUUUCACUUUCUUUUUUCUCAUUAUGGAGUUUGUAACUACAGAGAUGGUAGAGCCAUUUCUGGUGCUGGAAAUCGCUUCUGCGAUCCUAGCAGCCGUGGUUGGGGCUUUGGUGUACCUUUAUGCACCGUAUUGGGGUGUUAGGCACGUCCCCGGCCCUCCAGCAAUGCCUGUGGUCGGACACCUUCCGUUGCUCGCUGAGUAUGGCCCGGACUUGUUCUCUGUUCUUGCCAAGCGCCACGGCCCUAUAUUUCGAUUUCAUAUGGGAAGACAGCCACUAGUAAUAGUAGCAAAUGCAGAACUUUGCAGAGAAGUUGGGAUCAAAAAAUUCAAGUAUUUCUCCAACAGAAGCAUCCCUUCUCCCAUUGCAGCUUCUCCUCUUCAUCAAAAAGGCCUAUUCUUCACAAGGGACGCGAGGUGGUCGACCAUGCGCAACAUGAUCCUCUCCCUCUACCAGCCGUCCCAUCUAGCCACGCUUAUCCCAACGAUGCAAGACCUGAUUGCAUCUGCCACGGGGGAUCUCGGGUCCAAUGACUUAACCUUCUCCGAUAUCUCCCUCAAACUGGCCACAGAUGUUAUCGGGAAGGCUGCGUUUGGCGUUGAUUUCGGCCUCUCCAAGCCAAUAUCGCGCAGACAUGAAGAUGGCCGUGUUCAAGAAUUCAUCAACCAGCAUGUCUACUCCACGAGCCAGCUCAAGAUGGACCUGUCCGGAUCAUUGUCCAUCAUUCUAGGGGUGCUCAUCCCGAUUCUUCAAGAACCCUUCCGCCAGAUCCUCAAGAGGAUCCCGGGCACCAUGGACUGGAAAGUGGAGCGAACAAACAUGGACUUGAGCAGGCGUCUGGAUGAGAUCGUGCAGAGCAGGAUGAAGGAGGAGGCGAACGAUGAUCCGGGCUCGAAGGAUUUCUUGUCACUUAUACUUGGGGCAAGGGAGACAGAGAAAGGUGCAAACAAGGCCUUCACUUCUGACUAUGUCAGUGCUGUUACCUAUGAGCAUCUCUUGGCAGGAUCAUCAACUACCUCGUUUACACUCUCUAGUGUCGUCUAUCUUGUCGCUGGCCAUCCAGACGUUGAGAAGAAGGUUCUAGAAGAGAUCGAUGGAUUCGGCCCUCAUCACCAAAUGCCUACUGCCCAUGAUCUUCAACACAAGUUCCCUUAUCUUGAUCAGGUCAUCAAAGAAGCAAUGAGAUUCUACACUGUUUCUCCCUUGGUUGCUAGAGAAACAUCAGCAGAAGUUAGCAUAGGAGGCUAUCUACUACCAAAGGGCACGUGGGUGUGGCUGGCACUCGGGGUUCUCACAAAAGAUCCAGUGAACUUCCCAGAGCCGGAGAAGUUCAGGCCAGAGAGGUUCGACCCAGAAGGCGAAGAGGAGAAGCGGAGGCAUCCUUAUGCCUACAUUCCAUUUGGGAUCGGCCCUCGAGCUUGCAUCGGACAGAAAUUCUCACUGCAAGAGAUCAAGCUAUCCAUGAUUCAUCUAUAUAGGAAAUAUGUGUUCAGACAUUCUCCACUCAUGGAGAAUCCCCUGCAGCUUGAUUAUGGCUUAGUACUUAACUUUAGACACGGAGUGAAGGUUCGUGCCAUCAAACGCGAUGUAUGAAUGAUCCCAGAAUAGAAUAAACUUGAAUAAAAUGAUAAAAAAAUACAGUCUUUUUUUUCCCUCAUGGAGUCAUAAGUCAUAACUACAAGCUUCUUUAGUGUGUUUGUUGCUUGAGUAGUGAAGAGUGGUUCGAGAUGGAUGGAUUUGUCGUUGUUGAGACGAAGAGAUGUGGUCAAGAACACCGUGAUGAUGACUGAUAAGAUUCAGUCAGAUUGUAUGAAACAAUCUUUGGAGAUCUUAUUCAUUGCACAAUCAAUUAGUUCAUUUUUCUUGA